AAUGUUGUUCGAUGUGUGGUGUAUUUGUAUAUCGGUGUGCAUGUCGAUCAAAUAUUGAAUGCAAUCAAGAAUCAGUAGUUUAAUAAGAUUUACUCGAUCGAAAAAUCAACGUUUUUUGGAUUACAUUUUUGUACAAAUUUUCGUUAUACACAGUGUAAAUUUUCGCUCGCCUGGUUUGUUUGACAAGUGAUAUUCUUUAUCGAAACAAUUUUCGCAAGGUGCGAAGUCCGUUAAGAACUGCUUUCACGAGGGUGCAAUGAACGAUCACGGGUGGUAUUAAGAAUUAAACCUAAACAGGAAUCAUCUAAACACUCAACAUGUUUGGGCAAGCAGGAAAUGCAUCAUUCACUGGUUUUAAUAAUGCAACGCAAACCAGCCCCUUUGGGCAGUCGGCGUUUGGUAAACCAAUAGCUACCACGAGCUUUGGGAGUGCCGCGACACCAGUAUUUGGUAGUAGUAACACUUCUCUCUUUAGUUCAAAACCAGCAGGUUCUACUACGGGUGGCUUGUUCGGCAACACUACAACACCACCUGCAUUCACUCAGCCAUCUUUUGGAGGUUUUGGGACAACCAAUACAAAUACUAAUCUAUUUGGUAGCCCUCAACAAAAUCCAAGCACAAGUUUAUUCGGCACAAAUGCGACAACUUCGGCGUUCGGACAGUCGAAUAAGUCAGCUGGAUUUAGCUUUGGUACAACAACUGGAGCAAAUUUAUUUGGACAACCCCAACAGCCGACUCAACAAACCACUCCUUUCGGACAAACAAAUACCACUGCAAAUACAAAUUUGUUUAGCACUGCACCUGGUUUUGGCAAUACAAAUACCGCCACCACAAGCGUUAUCGGCACCGUCGUUAAAUUUACUCCCGUCAUUACUACCGACUCUAUGUCAAAAAAUGGUAUAUCUCACAGUAUAUCGGCGAGGCACUGUUGUAUCGCAUCAAUGAAAGAGUACGAAUCAAAAUCAUACGAGGAAUUACGGUUCGAGGAUUAUUCUGUGGGACGAAAAGGACCCAGUACAGGAAUUUUUGGCACAGCUGCACAAUCUUCGCCAUUUGGUAAUACAGGGGCAGGUACUAGUACUGCGAUAACGGGUUUCGGUGGAAUGAGCGGCGGUUUUGGAACGACCACUCAAAGUGGAUCAAGCGGUCCGUUUGGAAAGCAAAUGACAAGCUUUGGAACACCUUCGACGACAACUACAAACAGUUUCGCUUUUAAUUCUACUCCAAGCACAAAUUUGUUUGGUACUAAUACACAGGCCAAACCUUUCGGUACAGCAGCACCGACGCCACUCUUUCCAACCAGUAAUACUAAUCAAACGGCGGGUACAAGUUUUGGUAGUAUCAAUCCUGCUCAAAACACUGGUUUUGGAUCCACGUUUGGGUCGACACAACCAAAUCAGAAUAUUGGUUUAUUUAAUCAGAACAAAUCGGCAUUCAAUGUUCCGCCUACGUCGUCCAGUACUAGUUUCACCAGCUUUGGCCAAGCACCCGCCAGCAAUACAGGCGCAACUUUGUUUGGUGCUAAGUCUACCGGAACUGCAGGUUUUGGAACGGCACCCACUUUCGGUUCGACUACAACAUCGACUUUUGGAACUACAACAGGUUUCACUCCUGGUCAAAACUCCGGUACUUCAUUGUUUAAUACAUGUUUUAAACCUGCAGGACAGACGUCUGGAUUCUCUUUUGGUUCUAAUGCUGCGCCUUCUACUGGACUGGGUACAAAUACUGGCUUGACAUUGGGUAGCGGUUCUACCCUGUUUGGCCAGCAAAAACCAGGUGGUUUAUUCGGUGCUCCUGGAACCAACACAACGUUCAACACAACGGCAUCCUUCGGAUCUUCAACUUUUGGAACCAAUUCAAAUAUGGGAACUGGCAUGGGAAUGAGUCUACUUGGCCCUGGGUCUGCGAACAACCAAAUGAAGAGCACAGGGACGGUACCGGUUCAUCAACAAAUUCUGGCAUUGGUGUCCGCGCCAUUUGGCGAUUCGCCGUUAUUGAAAAACCUUUUGCCCGCUUCUGGGAAAGCGGAAGAGCUGUUGAAACCCUCGAACGCGCCAUCUAAAAUAUUGAACGGUCCUCAGUACAAAGUUACGGCGGAUAACAAAUCACCGAAAAUCAAAGCCAAAGUAGUGACACCUGCACAAUUGUCCAAAAAGUCGAUGUUCGAAGGCCUCGAUGAAGAGGACCCCCUUUCGGAAGCGUUCCAGCCACGUCCAAACGCGAAGCGCUUGGUGCUGCGUCCAAAGUCUAUAAGCAACUCGAUUAUAUUGUCACCGUCGGAAAAUUCACAACCCGUAGGAAAGAAUGCGCAAUCUCCUGGGAAAGAAGAAGAAAAAACUAAUGGAAUGAAUUCCUACGUUGAGAACACAUCUAUCGAGGCUGUGGAUAAAGAAAAUCAUAUUCACGAGAAUAAUCGACAAUCAGGGAAUGAUCGACGAUCGUCUACAUCUUGGUUGAAAACAAGUCUUCCACGUAAUUCGACAACGAAGCAUUCGAACGAAGAAUCCGAGGGACAACGUUCGCCAUUUUCCGCGGCAAAUGGAUCCACCGAUGAAGUGGUAAACAAUACUAUUACAGAAUUGCGACCUUACGCAAAUACGAGCCCAUCGAAUCAUAUACACUCGGAAGUCAACAAUUCUGGUGAUGCGUCUUUGAAGAAUAACUCUCUCGCAGAUAAAUCGUGCGUGGAUACUUCAGCACAGAAUACCGAUUCGAGCCAAGAACUAGACGAUAGUUCCUUCUGGGCACAACAGAACUCGCAAUGGAAAAUGAACGCGGCGAAAGUAACGCUGAAACGCGCAGGUUAUUACACAAUUCCGCCGCUCGAAAAACUAGAGGAAUAUGUCAACGGAGAAACUUGUAUCGUACCGCAUUUCACUGUUGGCCGCAAGGGUUACGGAAACGUGUAUUUUUCUGAUUCCUUUGACAUUUAUGGUCUCAAUUUAGAUGAAAUCGUACAUUUUCGACUCAAGGAAGUUAUAAUUUAUCCGGACGAUGAAAAGAAGCCACCGGUCGGGCAAGGAUUAAAUCGUAAAGCACAGGUUACGUUGGAUCGAGUGUGGCCACACGAUAAAUCUUUGCACAAACCGAUUACCGAUCCUCAUCGUCUAACCGCAAUGGAUUACGAGGAGAAGCUACGAAGAGUAUCCGCCAAACACGAUACCAGAUUCCUCGAGUAUCGGCCUGAAACUGGAUCGUGGGUUUUCAAGGUCGACCAUUUCUCCAAAUAUGGUUUGAGCGAUUCGGACGAAGACGACAGCAACAAUGCCAGUUUGGUCACCGAUCCGAAAAGAUUGAAAUUGUCAGAAGCUGGCCAGCAAAAAUCUGCAACUAAUUUGGAGCAAUCUAAAGUUCCUAACAAGAAGGUUGCGGCCAUUGUCAAUGGUACGACGAAUGAUUCCAAAAUAGGAGGCGCUGAUUAUUCCGAUCUGCUUGGAAGUGUUGCCGCUAAAGUGAAAUUUCAUCGAGAAGUUGGCAGAGCAUUGCCAGCAAGUCCAACUGAAGAAAAUGCUUGUCUUCGGGGUACGGACAGUCAUAAAUUGCAAUUGAUGAAAGCCAAUUUUUUCGAUGGUAGCGACGAGGAAAUGAGCGACGUCUACGAGCGAGAUUUAGACCGUGCAUUGUUUCUUCCCGAACAAAAAAAUUCUAUACGAUACGUUCUCGACUCUACUCAGAAGCUAGACGAAGACCAGGAUUAUGGAACACUUUACAAUCCGACAUUACGUUCGAAUUUGACGAUUUAUCGUAUGCCAUCUUUCGCAUACGAAGAACCGAUACUUUCAAAGGCAGACGCUAAAUCGAAACGAGCGAUGGAAAUCAUUGGUUCCAAAUUGCCAAUUUACGAGAAAAGUUUUCCAGACCCAAUAAUAGUUCCGAUCACGACUAUUCUUAAAUGGCAGUCCGAAGUGAUUCCACUAUAUAAGUCUAUUAUAUAUAAACUCGAGUCUCGUUGCAUCGCUGACACCGGUAUUCAGAUGGGGAGAAUGUUUAAACCGAGCUGGGGACCUGGUUUAACGCUGCUCACAUUGAGUACGAAGAAACAAGCGGCCGAAGUACAUUUGUGCAGUCCGUUCGAACGGAUUUGGUCUUAUAUGUACGGUCGUCUCCCGGAAGACAGAACUUCCGCCGCGGUCGUUCAACGUAUACAAAUUUUAGGUGGUGAUUGGUCGAACGCAGAAUGCAGCCAGACUUUUGAGAAGAGUAUAGAGGGUCAUCUAAAGAUUCAAUUAUCACAUUGUAUAAUGGAUCAAGAGGGAGACUGUCCGCUGUUCAACGUAGACACUGAUAUUCACAAGGCGAGAAUGGCUUUGCACGCUCAUUGCAACUUGGCCGAAGAGUGCGCUGAAUCUUGGAUGGAUCAAUCUGCUUCCGAUAGUUUUGCUACAUAUGUUGCUAAUGUUUGGAAACUCUGCGUGGCUCUCUGGGGAACUCUGCCCGAGAUAAAUGUUUGCCCUGAAGAUUCAGCAGAUCAUCAUAUCGUAAUAGCUAGACGGGAGGCUAUAGGAGAAUGGUUAAAAAAUGUUAUACGAUUAACGCUCGAUUGGGAUGUUACAAAUAUGACUUACGAAGAACAGAUAAUGCGUUUGCUAUUCGCCUUCAAGCUAGAGGAAGCUUGUCAGAACGCACAAAAAGUAGGAGAUCAUUGUCUGGCUCUUUUGAUGGCCCAGUUAUGCAGUGGUAUGCCUACAAAAGCAUUAAUAAAUCAACAAAUGGCGCUAUGGCAAGAUUCCGGGGCUGACGAGAAUAUAUCGAAGGAUCGAUUAAAAAUCUAUGCACUGCUGGCGGGCGAACCACUGGUGUCUAGCAAACAGGGUCCCAUCAACGUCUGCCAGGGUCUCGAUUGGAAGAGAGCACUAGCCGUACAUCUUUGGUAUUUUUCAUCGCCGGUUGCAUCAAUAAGAGACGCCUUAGAACUGUACGAGACAUCGUUCGACCCAAGCAAAACAACGGAUGUUUACGCGACAUCACCCACGCCUGAAUACAAAGGCGGCGAUUACGAGCUCGAACUAAACAAUGGGAAACCAAUAUACGAUCUCUGUUUCCAUCUCUUAAAAUUAUAUUGUACCGGAAAUCACGCGUUAGGAGAACUUUUAAAUCCAGCGGCGCACACCGCCGAUCCUCUGGAUUACAGACUCAGUUGGCUGAUGCAGCAAGUACUGCUAGCUUUGGGUUACUCGCAUCUCUCGGAACACGUCGCCGCUUUAACUCAUGUCAACUUCGCGACACAGUUGGAAGCCCACGGACUUUGGCACUGGGCGGUGUUCGUAAUGUUACAUUUGAAAGGAGACGCCCGAAAAAGAAAAACUGGCGUGAUGAAUUUAUUGGAGCGUCAUGUUGAAAUCGACGACGACGACAUUCCCGAUUACGAACAGGAACAAUUUUCUAAGGAAGAGCAAGAGAAACUUUCCAAAAGAAAGCAAGAACAAUGCGUGAGAGAAGAGCGGGAAAAGUUCUUGAAGGAAGAGCUCGGUAUACCUUCUAUUUGGAUUCACCAGGCCAAAGCUGUGAAAAGUUACGUAACCAAAAGAUACGACAAAGCUGCUUCUUAUUUCAUUCAAGCCGAACAGUGGAAUACGGCUCAUGAAAUUAUUAUCGAACACUUAGCUGCAGACGCUAUAAUAAAUGAAAAUUACAAGUAUCUGCGUGACUUGUUGAAACCGUUGAAUCCUCCGGAAUUUAGCGGCACCAUAAGCGGAUGGGCUCAUCAAGGACAAUUACUUUUGGAAUAUAUGGAUAUAACCAUGGACAUCGAAUCGUUGUUACGCGGUGCUGAUCCUCGCGGAAUAAGUUAUAAAUUGGAGUUACUAAAACCACGAUUGACGUGUCUCUGUUUGAAGAUCAAUCAGUUCCCUUGUCCAACUGCUAAGCACAGACUCUGCCAAGCAGAAAUCGCAAAGAGAACGUUGCAUCUAGCUAGAAGUUUGCUGCAGUCAAACGAAAAUAAAUCCAACGUGAUACUUCAGCUCGUCUCCCAGCUGCCAUUGCCGGAAGAUUAUGCUCAACAAGAACUACGUCCUAUUAUCAACAUGCGCGUGAACGAAAUUAUAUCGCAAACAGUGUAGAUCCCUUUGUGGAAAUUCAUACGAUGGAGGACAAAGUUCUUUUUUAAUUAAACGAAAUCUCCACGUA